AUGAGAAUCAAGGAAUUAGUUCAGUGGGACCUCAAAAAAGCUACUAAAGAUGUCAAUGAAAUUCUUCCAGCUAAGAACAAAUCAACAUCUAGCUCUAAGGGUUUGUCAAGUUUAUUGAUCUUUUCCAAGAACCAACUUUUGAUUUUAUGGAUUUUCUCUGUUGUUUUCCUGUUCUCGAUUUCAUUGAUCUCUGUUCUGAUCUUAUUAUUUCCUUCUACUAGCUUUGGGUUUAAUUUGCUCUACUAG